AUGACUAUCAUUCAACAGCUCCAACACAACAAAAAGAGUUUGAGGAGAGUGGUGGUCGUGGAGGACAUAAAACGGUGGAAGUCUGUGCUCGAGCUGCCGGGGCAGCCCAAGGAGAACCUGCUGGAAGCCCUGGAGGAGCUGAAGAAGAAGAUCCCGUCCAAGGAGGUGCUGCUUUCUACAAAAAUAGGCCACACAGUGAAUAAGAUGCGCAAACAUCCAGACCAGGAUGUGGCCAGCCUUGCAAAGGGAGUUUACACGGAGUGGCGAACUUUCAUCAAAGACCAUUCAAACAAACCCUCCAUAGAAGUCAGGAGUGAUCCCAAGACUGAGGCUUUCAGGAAGAACGCGCGGAAGUUGCUUUGCAAAGCCCUGGAUCUAGAGAUUGAUCACCCGCUGGCUGAAAAUAUCGAGCGGGAAGCUUUUCAUCUCUGCUCCCGGCUCAUCAGCGCUCCGUAUCGCAGGACCGUGCGGGCUCUCGUCUUCUCGUUAACGCACAAGCCCGAAACGCGGGUGCACGUCAAGACGGGCGCGCUCCCUGUCCCUGCGUUUGUACAGAGCCAUAAAAAGUGA